AUGAAUAAGACUUUGAGCCUUGACAGCUACACAGUAGGAUGGGUGUGCGCAUUGCCCGUCGAGUUGGCGGCCGCGCAGGAGAUGCUCGACGAAGAGCACAGCACCCCUCCAUACAACAACGCUCACGACACAAACAUUUACACCUGUGGACGCGUUGGCGAACACAACGUGGUUAUAUCUUGUCUGCCUGAAGGGCAGUUAGGUACUCAUUCGGCCGCGACAGUCGCUACGCAUAUGAAGUCAACUUUCUCAUCAACGCGGUUUGGCCUGAUGGUUGGUAUCGGCGGCGGUGUACCGAGUGACGAAGCAGAUGUCCGGCUUGGAGACGUGGUAGUAAGCAAACCGUACCAAACGCACGGCGGAGUAGUACAGUACGACUUUGGCAAGGCUACAAUAAACGGGUUCGAGCGCACAGGAGCGCUGAACACACCACCGAUGGUGCUACUGAACGCAGUAUCAAACCUACGGGCCAAGCACUUAAGAGGGAGGGGCAAGCUACUAGAGUAUUUGUCCAAGCUGGACAGCCUGCCCGACUUCAGCCGCAACGCUGCCGGCUUGGACAGGCUUUUCGAGGUGGAUUACGAGCAUGCCGGAAAAGGAGCCACGUGUCUGAAGUGCAGCAAAGAGCGCGAAAUUCCUCGGGAAGCACGGAGACAAGAAGUGGUUGUACACUACGGGACCAUCGCAUCAGGCAACCAGGUGAUCAAGGACGCUGCGCUGCGAGAACAGCUAAGCGAAGGCCUGGGCGGGGUGCUGUGCUUCGAGAUGGAGGCAGCAGGGCUUAUGAACAGCUUCCCGUGUCUUGUCGUGCGUGGGGUGUGUGAUUACGCAGACUCACAUAAGAACAAGAGAUGGCAGCCGUACGCAGCAGCUACGGCAGCGGCGUAUGCCAAGGAAAUUCUGUCUGUAAUACCGGCAGCUGAUGUAACAAAGGCACGCACAGCGGAGGAGAUGAUGAGAGACGCGAGCGCCACGCCGACCUACUAUAUUCCCUUCCAAGAGAACAAGAAAUUCAUUGGACGACGCGACGAGCUUGCUAUGCUGCAGCAGCGGCUGUUGGUAGAUCUGGACUGCCAGGAGAUGUCCAUAGAGGGCCUGGGCGGGACGGGCAAAACGCAGGUGGCGCUGCAAUUUGCGUAUGCCGUGAAGAAAGCACAGCCAGAGUGGUCAAUCUUCUGGGCGCCUGCGGUGAGCAUUGAGAGCUUUGAGCAGGCAUGCGCUGAGAUUGCGCGGGUGCUGCACAUCCCGCAGGCGCAAGACGGGAAAGACGACGUCAAAGAGCUGGUGAGGACAUGGCUGAGCUCGAGUCGAGUGAGCCGGUGGCUAAUGGUAGUGGACAACGCGGACGACCCAGACAUCUUCUUCGGAACGGAGCAGUCCAAGGGCAUCGUCGAUUACCUGCCAAAGAGCGAGAGGAGUGUGAUUGUGUACACCACGCGUACCCCCGGGGUGGCCGAGAAGACUCGUGGUGAUGUCAUAAGGCUAGAAGCCAUGGGCCUGCAAGACGCACGAGAGCUUCUCACCAAGUCACUGGCCAUGAGAAAUCUUCUUGGUGAAAAUCCAGCGUCAACCAAACUAGUGGACGAACUACUAGACGAGCUGAUGUGCCUGCCGCUAGCAAUCGCGCAGGCAGCCGCCUAUCUAAACAGGAACCGUAUGCCCAUCACCAAGUACCUGCAGCUACUUCGCAGCACAGAGCAGGAUCUUGUUAGUGUCAUGAGCAGAGAAUUUCACGAUGACACGAGGUACAGGAACUCAGCAAACGCAGUGGCGACAACUUGGAUCGUGUCGUUCAACCUGAUCCGCAAGCAGAAUACUUUGGCGGCAAGCCUGCUACAGUUCAUGGCGUGCGUAGAGUGGAAGGCCAUCCCGCCAUCGUUACUGCCGAGGGUGCAAUCAGAAGCUCAAAUGGAAGAGGCCAUCGGUACGCUCUGCGGAUACUCGUUCUUGAUUGAUUGA